AUGACAGCCCCUCCAAACGGUGCGGUAAGCGGCUCCAAUGACUUUGGAGAUGAUGUGACCUUCACGUGCAACACAGGAUACAACCUGGUCGGUGCUUCUUCACUUAUCUGCCAGUCAGACCUUUCCUGGAGUGGAAGUCCACCAACGUGCUCAAUUGUACAGUGUCCAGUACUGGCAGCUCCUGACAACGGUGGAAAGACUGGCGGCAGUUCCUACCAAGACGUGGUGACGUUCAGUUGUAAUCUUGGAUAUGACCUUGUGGGAAGCUCCAGUGUGACCUGUCAAGCUGAUGCAACUUGGAGUGGGAGUGCUCCAACCUGUACACGUGUUCAGUGCCCGGUGGCGUCGUCUCCUGUAAAUGGUGAUUCGAGCGGUUCCAACUUCUACCAGGACGUGGUACAGUUCACGUGUGACCCAGGAUAUGAUCUGGUAGGAGAUUCCAGUUCUACCUGCCAAGCAGACCGAACAUGGAGCAGCAACACCCCAUCAUGCAGCGACAUUGAUGAAUGUUCAAACGCAAAUGGCGGCUGUGACCAUAUGUGCACCAACACAAUGGGCAGCUUCCAGUGUUCGUGUGUAACUGGAUUCACCUUAAACGUAGACAGCCACUCCUGUAAUGACGUCGAUGAAUGUACCGUUGGAAAUGCUGGCUGUCAUCAGAACUGCAACAACAUCAUCGGGAGCUACUGGUGUUCUUGUGGAACUGGCUACAGAUUAAACAGCGAUGGUCACACUUGUGAUGACGUUAACGAAUGCUCCAAUGGAAAUGGUGGAUGUGAUCAAACUUGCACCAAUUUUAUCGGGAGUUCCCUGUGCUCCUGCCAUGAUGGGUACAGUCUGGAUAGCGACGGUUUUACUUGUAAUGAUUUGGAUGAAUGUGCUACUGUGAACGGCGGCUGUGUGCAAAAUUGCACUAACAACAUCGGCAGUUUCCAGUGUUCCUGCUCAGAUGGAUACAGACUGAAUAGCGAUGGCUUUUCUUGUGAUGACGAGAAUGAGUGCGACACUGGAAACGGCGGAUGUGACCAGAACUGCACCAACUCCAUUGGAAGUUUCCAUUGUUCCUGUGGCAUUGGCUACGACUUGAAUGACGAUGGGUUUUCCUGUAAUGACGUAGAUGAAUGUUUAACUGCUAAUGGCGGCUGUGAACAGAUUUGCAACAACACCAUUAGUAGUUUUGAGUGUUCCUGUCAUACCGGCUACAUUCUGCAUUCUGACGGGUUGGCCUGUGAUGAUAUUGAUGAAUGUGAGACAGCAAACGGAGGCUGUGGACAGUUCUGCACUAACACCAUCGGUAGCUUCAACUGUUUCUGUGCGGCUGGUUACAACCUCAGCAUGGAUCAGCUCGCCUGUGACGGUUUGCCGCCUCCUGGAAACUUCAUAUCCAGCCAAGUCACCGAGAACUCGGCCACUGUUCAAUGGACAAAGCCUGCUGAUGCACAAGUAGUUGCCUACAGGGUGUGGCUAACAGAGAAGGGAACCGCGCUCACAGUUUCCACACAGUAUCUGCUUGAUUCAGCGACUUUCGCCGCCUUUACUUUCCUAACCCCUGCUACCGAGUACGUGGUGGUAGCAACCUGUAUCAGUCCUUCCGUCGAGGGACCGCAAGCAAGCGUCACCAUCGUAACAGAUACGGAUCCUCCAAGGCAGCUGUCAGUGGACGACAUUGGGUACCACAGCUUGGGUCUGUCCUGGGUCCCUCCAGUUGCACAACUGACGGAAUACGAACUGACCUACAGCAGAUCUGAGACCAGCAGGAAACGGCGAUCUCUCAACUCUCUCGCGCUCCCGGGUGACGUCGGUAACUAUUGGUUACAAGGACUUGUCCCUGCCACUCAAUACGUCAUCAGCUUGACGGCCGUCAGUCGGUUUGGGCGGAGUGAUACAAUCAACACAACGGCGAAAACAGGUACAGAUCCUCCCACUGAUCUGAACAUAAGGGAUGUUUUCCCCACCUGGAUGCACGUGGCCUGGACAGCACCUGCCGCAGCUGUUGUCUCGUAUGAUCUCACGGUUACCGAAGCUGCGACCAUGGCGAAGAAGCAUUUCAGCAUACCCCCUGCAGAAACGAGCUUCAACAUAACCAGCCUGUUCCCAACGACGAAGUACAUUGUCCGGAUUGCAGUCGUCAGCAUGUACGGACGCAGUGUGGAAGCUGUGAUCUUCGGUAGCACCGUUGACAAAGAAGACGUGAUAACAGACCCAACACCGGCAGCGCCGACAUCAACAGCAAAGCUCCUGAGUACAACAGACAUCAAGGAGGGCAUAGAUGUGCUGAGCAAGUCUGCUGAACUCAUCAGAUCCUCUCAAGGCGCCACAGUGGCAACGAUGGAGACACUGUAUAAAGCCGUAACACAAACCGUCUCCAGCAUGGUGCAAAUGCUGCCAUCAGGAAACUCCACCAUUCUGGACACCUCAUCGCCUCUGUUUGAAAUGGCUGUGAUAGAUGUCAACUCGGUGGACAUGUCUCCAAAACAACAGCUGAAGAACUUCAAAGAUCAGCAAUGGGCAUCUGCGCAGCAGCUCCGUAACUCUGGACUCUCCUUGGUGGAAACCGUGGAACGAAUAGCAGACGACCUUCUGGCCAUGUUGCCAGACAUCGAAGACUACGCGAAGACAUUUGAAAACGACGAUGUCAUCGUCCAUGUUGCAAAGUCCACUAAAAGGGAUAUAAUGGAACUCCAGGUUGGCACUAAUAAGGUCUCAGCCUCUCCCACGGAUUGUGCUUUAGAUGGGGGUACGGAUGCUAAGAUGACUGUAAUGAAGAGGAAUCUGUUUUCCUGGAACGCAUCUACCUUUGGGGAAAACGUCACCACACCCGUGACUAUGUUUUCGUGGGGACCUCAUCUCUUUGACAGCUGCUCUAUGCAGCUGAACCUCACCAAUCAAAUCACACUUGGAAUCAUCGGAGAACCACCAAAACGUCAAAAACGUGACCUUCGGAAACGUGGUUUAGUCGGGACACAGUCUGCUCUACGAGACAUCGCCGGCGGACGGAACAGCAACGCGACGAUGGCUCACCACGCGUUUGACGUACCGACCGACAACGUCGUCGUUGUGAUGCAGUUAUCGUGGUGGGAUCACGCCGCAGCCUUCCGUGUGUUCUCCCGGUACGACACGCCUCCAACGGAGCAUCUUCAUGACGACGUGAUGAUAGUUCAGGAAGAAGACGCUUUUGUGGCUUGGCAUCGAGGAACAAAAAGCAUGCGACCAUUUACUCCAAAUAUCCAGAGACGGCGGGGGAGACUUUAUGUCGGGAUACAAAAAGCAGAAUCUCCCACACGUCUGCAAAUGGCACCUUCGCCAGACGAUUACAGAAUUCAGGCAACAACAGUCCACGUAGAUCCAUCAGAUAGUACCAUCACAUGUAACUGCAACGUUCCCAGACCGAAAGCUGUUAUUGGCGGCUCCCUGCACGUCCUUCCUAAUUCUAUUGACUUUGACAACAUCUUUCAAGAUCCCAACAUCCUAAAUGACAACAAACUUGUCUUCUGUAUGGUGAUCGGAGAGUUGGCUCUCUACUUGGUAUUGAUGAUUAUACUCAACGUGGACUUUAAGCGCCUUCGAGUGAGUAUAUUUAGAUCUUUUCAAAAACAGGCGACUCCUGACAAUACGAAGCCAUUACCGCUGGUGUCCGUCCUCCCUCCGGACAGGAUGCCAGCCCCAUAUCUGUACCAGAUCACCGUCACCACCGGCUCCAUGCUUGGUGCUGGCACAUCGGCCCGAAUCGGGUUCCAAGUCUUCGGAUCAACGAGCAAAACUACAGUCAAGAUGUUGAACCCGACCGGAGAAUCCUUGCUACGUGGUGGUAUUUAUGAUGUCAUCAUGCCCCUGAAGUCGUCACUAGGACAGCUGGAACUGCUGCAUAUCUGGCACGACAACACCGGUGUGGAUGAAGCUUCGUGGUUUCUGAAGGACAUCAUUCUGAAGGACCUGCAAACAAAAUCAACUUUCAGCAAGUCAGAACGCCUGUCUUGUUGCUGUGCUGUUUUUAGCAGCAUCAUGUUGUCCAACGCCCUGUGGUACAAAAGCGGCGAGGGCUUCGUCACCAAGAACACCGUGUAUGAUCUUGGAUUUUUACAGAUUACCCUACAGAUAUUGGUCCUGGCCACCUUAUUUGCCUUGAUUUGUAACCAGAGGUUCUUCCGCAAGCAGAAGGUGUACAAUAUCAAGAAAGAUGAGCUCCACGUGCACCUUUAUGAUCACAAAGCUCCUAAAAAGGUGUAUCCACCGGGUGCCGCAUCUGCAGAAAGGAUGAAAAUCAAAAAUCAACAACGGCGAAAGUUCUUCUCCGUCAUGACGGAAUAUGGUCUCCUUUUCCUGUUUGUUGUGAUUCUGUUCUUCAUCAGCCAUCACGACAAAGACCCGUUUGCUUUCCACGCGUCGCAGACGUUGUCCGGCACGCUUCUAGAAGAUCGCGAUUCGAUUACCACUGCAGACGAGUUCUGGACAUGGACUGAGGAGAUCCUUCUGCCUGUUUUGUACCCGUCGUUCUGGUACAACGGGUGGAAGAUGAAGUACCUGGACAGACAGUUUCCACUUUACACUGAAGCAUUUAAAAUCGGUCCGCCACUCCUGACCCAAGUCAGGGAGAAGCCUGGCACGGCGACAGCCAUCUUCUCCGACCUGCAGGAAAACGAUUGGAUUGACAGAUACACAGACUAUGUCGUUCUGGACCUGUCCGUAUACUACCCAGCACAAAAACUCUUCAGCAGUCUGAGACUCACCGUAAAACAAGAAGACAUCGGUCAUCUUUCUACAUCUGCAACAGUGGAAACACACAGGCUGUUCCAGUACGAAAAUGCCUCCGAUUACGUGACGUUGGUUUCCUAUAUCAUCUUUUUAUCCUUGUUUUUGGUUCAUCUCAUCAAAGAAGUGAUCACCAUGAAGAAGGAGGGAAGGAAGUUCUUCGGGUCUAUGUGGAACAUCUUAGCCCUGGCGAGCAUGAUAGGAUCUGCAGCUGUCAUCUGUAUCUUUGGAAUCAGGUACCACACCGCAUCAGCGGCACUGGACAAGUUGGUCGGGGCAACAGGCGAACUUGGGAUAGACAAGUUUGUCGACUUCAGCUUAACGUUUUGGUGGGAUGACGCCUUCAAGACCGUGAUGGCCAUGGUAGCGUUCAUCACUACACUGACGUUACUCCGAGUCGUUCGCUUCAGCAAGACUAUCGCCAGUUUCAUCGCCCUGCCGGGGGCCAUGAAGAACGACCUGAUCGGCUUCUCAAUGGUCUGCGCUAUAGCCUUCAUGGCUUUCAGCUGUUCGGGGAUGCUUGUGUUUGGCACCCACAUGAAGGCUUACACAAAUGUGCUGCACACCAACUUUGCUUUAUUUGAGAUGUUGCUGGGCAGGUUCUUUGCUGAGGAGAUCUUAGAAUCGAACCGAUACGUGGGCCCGGUCUUCUUCACCUUUUUCAUGAUACUUAUCUUCAUACUACUCGUCAACUUCCUAGUAACCAUCAUCUGUGAUGCCAUUGCCUCUGGUGCCUACAUUGUCGAUGAGCAUGACCAGGAACUGGCUGACUAUAUUUGGAAAAGUUUCCAGGGGAUGUUCGGGAUCUAUGUCCCUCCAUCGGAGGAUGCCCCAACAGACGAGGCAAAAGAAAUCGAGCUUAAAGCAACAUUGCAAAUGAUUGAAGAAUCUUUAAACGAAACACUGGACGUCACAAGCUGUAUUCUGGCCUAUAGCACAAGGUAUGAGUCUUUCUCAAUUCCACACGAUCAUGGUGAUGUCCAACAACAUAUCCCUAAAAAUCCAUUUGAAGGAAAAUAUGAGUUAGAAGCUAUGCCGUCUUCAACUUCCUAUGGUAUCAAAGAGCAAGUUGAAAAUCUCCUGAAAUCUCACGAAGAAGACACAGCCAGAUAUGAGGAAGCACAGAACGAGAGCAGACGGCGUGCCGAAGCCAUGCUGAAGAGUAAACUGGCUGCGAGAAGGAUGAAAACACAGACAAAACCGGAUGGGGAGAGCCAGGCAAUGGUGCAGUGUGCUCAACAGAUGAUGGAACAGCACGCUGCUGACAACGAGCGGCUGGAACAGCAACAAAGGACGAACAGACGGCUGUUCCAGAGCAAGCUUCGUCAGAAAAUGGCACUUCGCGGCAUGCAAAAAAGAGACCAUCUAAAUUGA